AUGGAGAACCAGACUGAUUCAUUAGUCUUUCUUUUGCUUGGACUUUCCAGUCAUCCUCAGCUACAGAUCUGGCUCUUCCUGAUCUUCUCAAUUGUUUUUCUAAUUACACUGUCAGGAAACGUCACAAUCAUUUUGAUCAUAAGAAUGGACCCUUCUCUCUCUGCACCCAUGUAUUAUUUUCUGUCUCAUUUGUCCUUUGUUGAUAUCUGUUACUCUACAGAUGUUGUUCCUAAGAUGUUAAUGAAUUUCCUGAUGAAGGAAAAGACAAUUUCCUUCACUGACUGUGUUAUACAAAUGUUUUUCAGUCUUCUACUAAGUGUUACAGAAGUUUUUCUACUUUCAGCAAUGGCUUAUGAUAGGUACACUGCAGUGUGUCACCCACUUCAUUACAUAAUGAUCAUGAAUAAAGCAAUAUGCAGUUACCUGGUUUUGGGAGCAUGGCUAAUGGGCUUGUUGUUUGCAACCAUAAACACAGUGCCCACAUUUGGCUUACAGUUUUGUGGCCUUCAUGAAAUUAAUCACUUCAGCUGUGAACUUCCACCAUUAUUGAAAGCGUCUUGUUCUGACACUUUUCUUAAUAAUUGGAUUCUUUUAUCUUCUGUAUUGGUUUUUGGACUUGGUUCCUUCUUACCAACGUUGGUCUCCUACAUUCACAUCAUCACCAAUCUCAUUGUGGUGGGUUUGCUAUAUACAACAGGAAUGUCUCAGUACAUGAAACCCAACAGUAUUUCUUCCAUUACACUGGAUGAGCUUUUUUCUAUUCAGUACAGCAUUUUGACCCCAAUGCUGAACCCAAUUAUCUAUAGUCUGAAAAAUAAGGAAGUGAAGAGGGCAAUUAGAAGAAUAUUUACAAAAAGGUAA